UGAAAGCUCGACGCAUCUGAGCGAGUCACUGCUUACCUGACAACGAUACUUGACACACGACCAACACACGACAUUAUGGGUGCCUCACACAGCGAGCAUGCUCCAAAGCCUGAGAAAGCCGACCUAGUGAAGAAGAUCAAGGCGCGGCUGGCGUCAGUGGACCCCAGCAAGGCGAGGGCACUGGGCGGAGUGUUCCUCUUCAACAUCAUCAAGGGAACCAGCGUGUAUUCUUGGACCCUAGACCUCAACCAAGUGAAAGUCUACGAAGGCGAACCAGACGAGGACCCUGACUCCACGUUCACACUCACCGAGCACUACUUCAAGCAACUCGUCACCGGCAGAGAAGAUGCAAGAGUCAUCGUACAAGCUGGACGCUGCUCCGUUACCGGAGAUAUCAUGAGAGCAAUGCAACUUGAACCCUAUAUUAAGCUUGAAUAGAGUUUAUUUUAGAGUUUACAUAUUCAGACAUUUUGUGUAAGAUAAAGAGCUGCUCGCGGUUUUGUCAUCAUGGCUUGAAGAUCAAAUUAUGUAGAAACUCAGUCUUUCUCUAAGAGAAAGAGCAGCAGUUACUAAUACUUAUAUUAAAGUCUAGGUUAGCAUGGAACAACUAUUUGUUAAACACAAAUAGGUAUUGUUGUUUCUAAUGAGAUAAUGCUGAGAAUAGGGAGUUACCAAAAGGAAUUCAUAAAUGUUUGGAGUAAAUGGAGUUUCUUCAUCAUCGUUCACACGCAUCAUCAUCAUUUCAGCUCAGGGCCUUUAGCCAAACGCCGCUUUAGCGGUUGUCUACAGAGAGAGUAGAAAACUA